GGUGACGCCGGGCGUGAGGCCGGGCUGCCAGGGCCACUGCACCAGCUACGCCCAGUACUGCAGGCACGGGGGCCGAUGCGUGGAGAAGUACAACGGCUACUCGUGCGACUGCUCCUCCAGCGCCUACGACGGGCCCUUCUGCAGCCAGGAGGUGGGAGGUUUCUUCGAGGCAGGAACUCUGAUUCGAUACAACUUCCUGCCUGAAGCAGCAGCAGCAGCCAAUAAGGACGGCAGGAUGGCGCUACAGCCUCUGACCCCACAGGAAGUGAACCUGACAACAGAGGAAGUGGCGUUCAGCUUCAGCACGUCGAGCGCUCCGGCCAUCCUGCUGUACGUGAGCACCAAGACCGAGGACUACUUGGCCAUCGUACUACGACAGAACGGUGUUCUGCAGAUGAGGUACCAGCUGGGGGGGCAGAAGGAGCCCUUCUCUGUGGACGUGGACCAGAGGAACCUGGCUAACGGUCAGCCCCACAGUGUCAACAUGACCAGGGUCAACCGGACCAUCACUGUACAGUUGGACCACUACCCUCCAGUCAGCUACUCUCUUCCUGAAUCUUCAGACACACAGAUGAACCUGGUCAAGACUCUCUUCCUGGGCAGAGUGUUUGGUGAGUGUCCCUGUUCUUUGAUCUUCGUAGCGCAGCCCCCUUACAACAGGAAGUGUCCCAUGGCUGCACACAGGAAUGCAGGGAAGGAGUGCGUCCACUGGAGGGCGACAGAGGUGUCGUGUGAAAGCAGAGCUUUGGACAAAACUGUGGACAGAAUUCUAAUGAGGUCACAAAAUCAUUAGCCCAUAUCUUUUUCUCGUCAGUGCAAGGCCACACACACACACACACACACACACAAGGCCACACACACACACACACACACGCUCACACACGCUCACACACGAUGUCAUUGACUCUGGGCACAUUGCCCCAUCAAUUAUAAUCACCACCAAAUAGAAUAUGCUUAUUUCGCCUUUUUAAUAGAUAAUUCUGAUCAAUUGUUAGUUAUUGAAUUGAUAGUCAGCGAAUAUGUUUGCUAAUAACGUCGGUCCAUAUUCAUGAAAAACCUCUCUAGAAUAAUGGAAUUGAUUCAUUAUAAUGUGCUUUGGUGUUUUUUCUCAUCAUAAGAUGAUAAAUGUCUUUGUCAAGUCCAGGAUCAGGUCAGGCCCAGUCAUGGUGAGAAGCAGCUCUUCCAUUGAAAGCCCGUAGACAUUGUAGGGCGAUGAGAAGCGCUCAGUGGUCAGAGCGUUUGGCUGCGGAUCAAAAG